AUGACAGCCAUCAUCGAAGAAAAAGUCACCACUGGUACUGAUAACGGCUUCAGCACUCCAUCUGACCCAGAACAAGUCGUAGCAGCCGAUAAUGAUCAUGAGAGCAUCACGGAGAAAGAAAAAGCUCUCCUCCAACGCAAACUCGACUGGGUCAUCCUCCCACCCAUCACCUUGUUAUUCUUCCUCUCGUUUCUCGACCGCUCCAACAUCGGCAACGCAAAACUCGACAAUCUCACCACCGAUCUUAAUAUGACCGGCGAACAAUACCUCGUCACUCUGUCCGUCUUCUUCAUCGGAUACAGCGCAUUCGAAAUCCCAUCAAAUAUCGCGCUGAAACUGACUUCGCCGCGGAUAUGGUUGCCGUCGCUGAUGCUGGUAUGGGGAGUCGUCGCUACGCUGAUGGCAUUGUCGACCAGUUUCGGCGGCCUGCUGGCUGCGAGAUUCUUCCUGGGUGCGACGGAGGCCGGGGUGUUCCCGGGUGCGAUCUUUUACCUUUCCAUGUGGUACGGGCGAAAAGCGCUGGUGCGCCGGGUAACGCUCUUCUUUACCUCUACUUCCCUCGCCGGCGCAUUUGGCGGAAUCCUCGCUUAUGGGAUAGGACACAUGAGCGGCGUUGCGGGCAAGCAUGGGUGGUUCUGGAUCUUUGCCAUUGAGGGUAUUGCAACGGUGCUGAUUGCGGGGAUCUGUUUUUUCCUUAUCCAGGAUUUUCCGGCACAGGCAAAAUUCCUUUCGCAGCGAGAACGCAAGACUCUAAAUGCAUUGCUAUUUGAGGACAACGACGCGCUCCGCGACGAGCCUUGGUCAUGGGCAGAAGUCCGCCGAACAUUUCGUGAUGUCAAGGUUUGGCUAUACAUGAUUGCAUGGAUGGGUCAGGCAUUACCACUUUAUACCGUGACAUUGUUCCUGCCAACCAUAAUCAAGAAUAUGGGGUAUUCCGCUGCUAAUGCACAGUUAUUGACUGUUCCGCCUUACGCAUUCGCAACAAUCAUCUCGAUCUGUAUCGCGCUCCUGUCUGAAAAGUACCAGACCCGUGCUCCAUUCAUCGUUGGGAGUUGCAUCGCCUCAAUUAUCGGCUACAUCCUCCUUUUGAGCGACGCCCGAGUCGGCGUUCAGUAUCUAGGCACUUUCUUUGUAUGCGCAGGUAUUUUCCCGUCUGCAGCCUUGAUAUUCACAUGGAUUGCAUCAAAUGUUUCGGGGCAGGUCAAGAGAUGCGUCGCUGCAGCUAUACAGAUCUCAUUUGGUGAUAUCGGUGCUGUUGUGGGCUGUCAAUUGUAUCGUCCCGAUGAGUUGCCACGCUAUCCCUUAGGUCAUGGUAUGGCCUUAGGCUUUGUGGUGGGCACGCUGGUCACUACUCUGCUGUUGUGGCAUUUGUUAGUGAGGGAAAAUCGGAGACGUGAUGAGAUUACUGGUGGGCCACCGAAGGAUAAUUCGUUUUUGCACAAUGCAGAUUUUGAGGGCGAUGAUGAUGUUCGGUGGAGGUUUAUAGCAUAG